UCAGCGUUUGCUGAUUUGUUUACACUCUUUCUAAUUUGGAUGACUUCCACCCCCUGACUGUGUCUCAUUGCUGCGAGGUACAAUGGCCCGUGCAGUGCUUAAUCCGCAAGUGAAAAGUUCCCUGAGUGGGAGUGCAUUUUUUGACCGCAGUUCUAUAGAGGAACAGGAACCUCCGCCUCCACUACGUAGCUACCUCUGUUUGACUAUCUUCACCUGCUUUUGUCCUGCAUACCCCGUCAACAUCGUGGCCCUGGUCUUCUCUAUCAUGUCUAGGAACAGCUAUUACAACGGUGACUAUGAUGGCUCGAGGCGGCUGGGCAGGAACGCUCUCUAUGUUGCUGUUGCCUCCAUCAUCAUCGGCCUUCUCAUCAUCGCUAUCACCAUCAUCGUUCAUUUUACCACUAUGGAAUUUUAGAGCUGUGGAAGUGGAGAGAGGGAGAGGAGGGAAAUAAGACACUUGAACAGAAAACUGGACGAUGAUGAUGAUGAUGAUGUGUGGAUGGGCUCAGGUGGUUGGCUCAUACUGUACCAGCUGCCAACUCGACUCAUGUUUACAUCAGCCUGUACGUCAUUUCCUCCCUUCCAUCUACUGUUUUUCAUGUGGACAUUCAAGGACUAUAAAAUCUGGUGAAUGUGUCUGUUUCAGUGAUUGAGAGUUAAAAAGGCAGCUUACUACAUGUGCGGAAUCCUUGGUUUACAGCAAGCCUUCGCGUGGCUGUGAACCCAACGUGAUAACUGUAUUUUCACUAUUAUUUUUUGCUCAAAACAUUGCUGGCACUGCAGUGAUGACGACGUUCCGUCU